UUCCUCCGAUAACAUGAACUACGUCCCCACGCGUUUUAUUUUAACUGCUGAAAUACCUGUAGUCCUACAGACUUGAACAUAUCACACAGACCCGGAAAUGAGUCGUCAUUGGCAGCACAGAAAGUGGCUCUCUUAAAUAAUCGCCCAGCUCCCGCAGCGGCGUCUUUAUUUCCGUCUUGCACUAACUCCCCCCUCCGCUGAGUCGCCGGGGCGGUACCACAUCAAUAAACCGAGAAUUGAACGCGUACGUGCUCAGUUAUGAUGUUAUCUUAAUAGGUAAAAAAAAAUAAAAUCGCUGAACAGCGUCCCUGGCUCCUCUCUUUCAACCUGUAGUUAGCUUAGCUCACUAAUAUUCGCGACCUUUCGGCAGGCGAGUAAAUGGGAUAGCUGUUCCUCGUUGCGUUUUACCGCAAGAGGCAGUUCUGCUGUCUGCCCGAGGCUGAGCCUGUCCAGUCCGCAUAUACCUCCCUGUUAGAGAGCGUUAUGGAGCCGCAUGGGGCCGCGGGCUGCGUCAACAUCGGGACCUUAACGAGCACUCUGCCGGUGAUCCCCUACCAGAAACUGACGGAUCUGUACUACCUGAGCAGAGGAGGCUUCGGCACCGUCUUCAAGGCGCAGCACUCCGACUGGAGAACCACCGUGGCCAUCAAGUGCCUGAAGCUCGACUCGGUCGGAGAAAGAGAGAGGAAGUGCCUGCUGAAGGAGGCCGAGGUGCUCCACAAAGCCAGGUUUAACCACAUCAUCCAGAUCUUUGGCAUCUGCAACGAGCCCGAGUUCUUCUGCAUAGUGACAGAGUUCAUGAGCAACGGCUCUCUGGACCAGCUGCUGCACGAGAAGGAGCUGUACCCGGUCCUCGCCUGGCCUCUGCGCCUGAGGACUCUGUACGAGAUCGCCCUGGGGGUCAACUUCCUCCACAACAUGACCCCGCCGCUGUUACACCACGACCUGAAGACGCAGAACAUUCUGCUGGACGGAGAAUUUCACGUGAAGAUCGCAGACUUUGGUCUGUCCAAGUGGCGGCAGCUGUCUGUGAGUAAAGGCUCCGGGUCCAAGCCCACUGAGAUGGAGGGCACCGUGAUCUACAUGCCCCCCGAGGAGUACGAUCCAUCCAAGACCCGGCGGGCCGACGUGAAGCAUGACAUGUACAGCUACGCUAUCAUCAUGUGGGAGGUCCUGUCCAGGCAGAUUCCAUACGAAGAGGUGACCAACCCCAUGCAGAUCAUGUUCGGCGUGCUGCGCGGGAAGCGACCCGACACCAGCCAGGACAGCCUGGCCGCCGACAUCCCCAGCAGAGACACGCUCAUCAGCCUGAUGACCAGCGGCUGGACCUCCAACCCCGACGAGCGGCCCUCCUUCCUCACGUGUUUGAUCGAGCUGGAGCCGAUGGUGAGACGGUUCGACGAAAUCGACUUCCUGGAGGCUGUGCUGCAGAUCAAGAAGUCAAAGCUGAGUCGGAGUUCAGGCUGCUGCUCAGCUCAGCCUCCGAUGUGUAAGAAGAGCAACGAGGCCGCGUCUCUGAACGACCUGAAGGAGCCCGUCACCCCGUGGCCUUUGGGAGCCUCCCAGGCCUGCUGCUCUGGCUUGUACUCCCCCCAGGAAGAAAACGUCUCUCUACCCGGCGCGCUCGUCAGCACCAGUCCUGCUUCCUCUAAACAGAGCCUUCCCUCCUCCUUCAUCGCUCCGAACCUGGAGCAUCCGCAGUCUCUGAAAGAUCCCUGUGAGGUCAGCAUUCCCAACGGCUUCCAGAGCGCCAAGCCCAUGAACGACUUGAACAUUCCCGUCAUGCCCACCACAGAGGCCGACGCAGCCAUGCAGAACCUCAGCCUGAAAGCCGAGUGCUCUCCCCCCCUGCACCAGCCCCCUCCCGCCCGGGGCCCCGUCGCCCACUGGAUCUCCACGCGGCGCGAGGACAUCGUCCUCCAGAUGACGGAGGCUUGUCUGAACCAGAGCCUGGACGCGCUGCUCGCCCGCUCCAUGCUGAUGCGCGAGGAUUACGAACUGGUGGUCAACCAGCCCACGCGCACCGCCAAGGUCCGCCAGCUGCUGGACAACUGCCACAAGCACGACGAGGACUUCUGCCGGAUCGUCGUGCGCAAGCUGGUGGAGAACAACCAGGGAGGGCUGAAGCCGUACCCGCCCGAGAUCGGCUCGCCCGUCUCGGCCGUCUCGGCCGCCGUGCCCGGCGUGCCGCCCUUCUCCACGUCCUACAGCAACUACAGGAACUUUUAGCGGCAGGAAAGCAAACGGAAACUCUUCAGGUUGACGGCACGACACUACAGUUCACACUCCGUGGCUCUGGCCUCAACAUAUUCACCUCAUAUUCACUUCCUGACCUGGGAAGGUCAGAAGGGAAGAGCUGGCUGAGCGGGACCGGUUACCGGUACCAACCCAAUAUUCACGCUGAUAAUGAGAUGUUUUCAUGAAACCAAAAGGCUGUAAGACUGUAUCAGGGAUUGUAUUCAAAAUAGCUUUGACUGGAGAGGAUUCAGGUGGAUUUAAAAGUAGAGACGCACCGAUCCACUUUGUUCACUUCUGGUACCGGUACCGAUAUCUGAGGUUUAGUAUUUGUCGACUUGAUGCAGGAAAACAGCUUAAUUGUCUUAAAACGGAAAAAUUAUACUGAAUUACAAUUUAAUUCAGUAAUUUGAGUUCAUUUGAUAACUGUGCAUCAGUGCCGUUCACUUAAAUACACAAACUGCUUCACAAGCUUUGGUCAAACAUGUACAAACAACUUUUGUUUGUUCAGUCAGUUGCAAUUAGGAGUAAAACAGUCAAUGUAAAAUAAAUAACAAAGAAACUGAUACUGACAAAAACAAUAAGAUCAAACAAAUCUUCCUUCAAAUGGUUCAGAAAGUGAAAUCAGAAAUUCUAAAAACAAUGUAAAAAAAAAAUUAUAAUAAAGCAUGAUGUUGCUCCGGACUCAAAAAAAUGGAAUUAGACUGAAUAGGUCUGUCUUUAUAGAUCGGACACAUUGUCACAGAUACAUGAUGUAGAAUUUAUUUCAAUAUUGGGACCAAUAUAUUGGAUCGGUGCAACUGUAAUUACAGGGUGUAAUUAGCGGCAGUAGUACCAAAUGCUGUUUGGGUCUAACUGGUGUGUGUUCAGAGUGUGUACAGACCUCCUGGUUGGUUCUUAUUUAAUCAGAUCGAAGUAGCAGUCGUAUCUGAAGGUAGUAUUUAUUUCUCUGGGUUGUUCUUUGAGGCUUCAGUCCAGUUAGUAUUCGUCCCUCAAGUCUCUCUCUGUGUGGGUUCAGUCUGGAAUACAGAGGCUAAAUAUGUAGACACGUUAUCAUAAGUUCAGAUUCAUCUUCAGUCAUUAUUAAUCUUGUAUUAUAAAACCCAGAAGAAGAGAUGUGUUGGUGUGUGUGUGUGUGUGAGUGAUUGAUAUUAAAAGUGGGCCAAGAUGAUCAGCCAUUACCAAAGAUCUAUAUUAUUGGGUUGGACUCUGCCUAUUAGCUGCUACAGCUAGAAGCUAAAGCUAUUUUACAGAAAUUGGUUUAACCAACUUUGGUGAAGCUUUAGCCAGAGCUGGUUGCGGCGCACGACAGCAGAGGGAAAAUGACGCCGAAAAACAAUUCAAAACUACUCGUAUUCUGCUUUUCUCACACACACACACACACACACACACACGCCUGUUGCCAUAGCAACCAGCCAAAAAAAAAACCGGCACUAGCAGACAGAGCAGAGAUUACUUUUAAGUGUAUGAGGAACUACACACUAAAAGAACGUGCAAACAUUAAACCAUUCAGUGAGUUACAGUUUUAUGUUUUCAGGCUUUCUGUUUAUUGAUAAGUGAUUAUGAGAACUGGCUCAUUUAAACUCCUGCUCUACUGAUGAUCUGUCAGACAUCGGCUUAUUUUGACGUCCACUGAACCGAAGCACCAAAUUCCACAGCACAGCUACAUAUUAAGGUUUUCAAAGUCAAGCUAGCAGGACUGACCUACCUCCCACUUUUUCACAAAAAAAAUGUUUUCAAUUAAAACUUGUUACCGACCUGCUUGCCAGAUCUUAUCUAGUUGCCGUUGUUUUGACAGUUAACAGCAAAACGUUGCAGCUCUUUUUCAGAUUCUUUGAUUGAUUUGGUCAUUUUCCCGACUCAGUGCUUAGCAACGGUGCUUAAUAGUUGCUUGACGUCCAGUCCAGUAAUAUAUAUUAUCAACAGUCUUUUUUUCUUUUUUUUUUUUGCUUUUCCUCACUCAGUAUUCCUAUAAUUAUGUAGCUUUGCACCUUUCUGAACUCCUCCAGAAUUAAUUUUCUUCUAAAGAUCUCCCAUAUCGAGAGCAGUAAUUAUUCCAAAAGGCACUUGUGAAGAAAGUCCAACUGAUUCUGAACGUUUCCUCUACUGUAGCAGCUCCAAACAGCAGCCACCUUUGUAAAUACAACAGAUUUCCCUCUAUUGGAAAGUGAUUAGCAGCAAUCAGCAGAAAUGUUCAGCGGUGUCAAAGCUGCAGUGCUUCUGCUAAAAUUUGGAAUUCCUUUUCAUAGACACUUUAUUUUUAUAUCAGGGCUGGUAAAAUAUAUUUUUAGACAAAUUUGCGAAUAUGAGUAAAGCUUUUGUGCAGCAAAAAAAAAAAAAAAAUCUUAUUAUAGUAGAAAAGUCCAACCUUUAAUCUGAGCACACGAUGGGAAAUAAACACGACUUUGAAGACACAUGGAUGAAGUUACGGUAUUUAAUUUCCCUUUGGGAUAAACAAUGUUUUUUUUUAUUUAUUUGAAUUCAAUAUUGAAAAUAAACUUGGAUCGCAAUUUCUAAGGUCUUGGAGGCUUUAAAAGAGAUGCAUUGACUUUAAAGGGAUGGUUAGGGAAACCAACAGCGUAACUUUGUUGGAAAUUAUUUUCUUAAAAUUAAGAAAUUAAAGGUUGGAUUUUUAAAAAUAUCAGAUUUGAGUUUAUAUUGUAUAAUUUAUCUGAAAGUCUUUUCUUGACCAAAUGUUCCUGCUGCUGCAUCUUAUUGUAAAUGCACAAAAGGGGAGGGGGGAGAAAAAAAUUGGAUCAUUUCCCAUGAUUUCUUAUGACUACGAUGAUGAUGUCACCAAACUUUUUUGUUUUUUUCUAUUAAUCUGUCGCUUAAAGUCUAGAACUAUCACUGACCACUUCAUCAUAUCAUAUCUUAUCUGUUAAACCAUGAACAAUAUUCAUAUAUUGUGUUAUUGAAACAACUGAACCUGCAAAAGUAAUAACAAUCCAAAUCAUGCCAUCAGGUUUCCAUCAGUUUCUCAUUAUUAUCAUAUAAUGACUCAUUCAGUCACACUUUGUAUGUGUGUGUGUGUGUGUGUUAGAGAGAGAAAUCGCUGAAAAACAUGACUACCGGUACUUGGUUGACAUUUAAUGCUGAUAAUGUAAGAAUCUUCUAUAAUUAGUUUUUGCUACUGUAAGCAGCAGUCUGUGUGUGUUUCCUGGAGAAUUCACUGUAAUCUGUUCACUUCCUGUUUUAUCCUUGUUUAAGCAAAUAACACAUGAGCUUCAAACGAUGUUUCAUUUUUAAUCAGCUCACUGGAAAAAAAAACUAAACAAAACAAAACAAAAAAAAAAAAACGGUAAACUUCGAGUCUUCCUAUAGCUUCCCCCGCUGAAGUGUUGUCGUCACGGCAACCUGGUAGCGCUCCUGUGGGUGAGCAUGAUCGGUUGUUUCCCAGCAGCUGGUCAGCGAUUCGCCCCGAUCCGUUUCUGUAGAGCUGAAAAUGUUUUAACUAGACGAGAUUUCCCACCGCUAAAUAUAAUUUUCCAGUCCAUUUAAAAAAAUAAAAUAAAAAAUACUUUGUAGCUUCAUGGUAUGAAGUUAAACAACAAUUUGCACUUUUCGAACAUGAUGUGUUUGGCCAUUUUUUUUUUUUUUUUACUUUAAUCAAGGGCCUUACUGUGGUGAUUGUGGCCUUCGUUUUCUCCAAUAGGUGCUUAAAUUCCAGUUACUGCUGGGAGAAUUUUCAACUUUCUUCCACACAUUCUGUCAUGACGGAAUAAGAAUCGUCUUGGUCACAUUUCUGGGAAUAAAUACAGACAAUGUCUUCGUAUUUUGAUGCCAAGACUCGAUCACAAUACGUUAAAUAAAUAAAUAAAUAAAUAAAUAAAGAUUAUAAGGUGUCCCAUUCUUAAAAAGCAAUGUCACCCCAGAAUCAUUGUUAAAAUGCCAAGAUAAGGACCAGGAAAGGUCCAUAUGCUUCCAUACGGUGGACAUGUAUUGCCUUGUCUUUGAAAACUGUGCCUCAUGUUCUGCUUGUGGUCUCGACUCUAAUAAAAGUGAACAACGUGGAAAAGCUCUUCGCACACAUAUCAAGCAAAGUCGAGGAAUAAAAUGUGACAAAUUUGAUAACUCCUAUAUGUUGUUCUAUAUUUUAUACUGUUCUGUGAUAACUGCAUUAUUUUAAGUAUUUGUGAAGUUGCGUGUUUUUGUCAAAAGGGAGCAGAGUUGUCUUUUUGCAGAACUGACCUGUUCGUAUCCGUGGUCGUCGGUCAGGAAAUGUUUAGGUAGCUGCAACUGCAACCGAGACAUUUUUUUUUUUUUUCCAAAUGCAAUAUCAUUUACUUAAUUCAAAUAAAUAUUCUGUUUUUA